AUGAGAACUGUUAUUGUCAUAUUAAAUAGACUUAUUGCUAUUGCUGUUGCUAUUGCUAUUGAUAUUGCUAUUGCUAUUGCUAUUGCUAUUGCUAUUGCUAUUGCUAUUGCUAUUGCUAUUGCUAUUGCUAUUGCUAUUGCUAUUACUAUUACUAUUACUAUUACUAUUGCUGUUGCUACUGCUAUGGCUGUUGCUACUGCUAUUGCUAUUACUAGUCCCAGAUUCUCUAGUACAUUCAUCUUCGCGAUGAACCCUACUAGUGGCGGUAGAUCACUUAUUGAAAAUAGGCUUAUUACUAUACUAAAUAUUCUAGAUUUAUAUUCUUGUAACCAAUAA